AAACCCUUAAAACCCUUCUUCCAUUUAAAUUUGCCCCAGAAAAAAGACCCAGCAUUAUCCACUAUUCUCCAACGUUAACGGAAACAAAUUAACAAACAAAAACAAAGAAUGUCACAACCACCACCACCAUCACCAUCGUGGGAAACUCUCAUCCUCGUAGCCACUUACCUCGACCCCAAAACCCUAGCCAUAGCUUCAUGCGUCUCAAAGUCAUGGUUCUCUUCCAUGUCCUCGGACAACAUUUGGAGACCCAUCUUGGCCACCCACUUCCCCUCUCUCGCCACCCUUCCCUCCGCCGCCGCCGACGUCGCCCACCGCCGACUCUUUGCGAUGGGCCACGCUGCGGCCACGCACCGCCUUCGUAGGCCCUUGAAACCGGGCCUCUCGCUCAGCGACCUCGUCUUCGCCGUCUCUAUCUCGACCCGCGAAGGCGAGGUUGCCUCUAGCGUGAGGCCCGGGAACAUGCUGACGGCGGAUGUAUCUUCCCUGGGCGUGUUCCGUUAUAGCAUGCGCUGCGACGGCGCCGUUUUGAGGGAGGGCGUGGAGGAGGAGGUGAGGGUGACGUGGAACGUGGUGCUGAGAGGGUGGAGAGGGGUUUUUACGAUGAUGGAGCGCGAGGGGAAGGUGGGGUUUGUGGCCGGCGGCGAGGGGUGGUUCUCGCAGGAGCUGCCGGCGCCGGGGUGUUGCUCCGGCGCGGUGAAGAGCUCGGUGGCGGUGGAUUUGAAGGUGGUGGUGGGUGAAGAGAAGAGUGGGGAUGGGGUAAGGGUGGAGGAAGUGAGUGUGGGGAUUAUGAGUGUUGUGGAUUGGAGGUACGUUGGGGUUGAAGAUGGGCUUAGGUAUUUGCAGCACUUUCUUCUACCUAACAAUGCAACUUACGUUUGUAAAAAUAUACAGUAAAGUUUAUGAAGCAAAGGAUUUUUUUCUUCUUUUUUUACA